CUUUUAAAGUAAUAGUUCAUUUGUGACUUUGGAAUCAAUGUAGAAUACAAUUUUGCAUCAUAUCGUAGGUAGAAACAAUUUGUAAAAAAAAAAAAAAAAUUAAUAAUAAAUAUAAAGAAUACUUUGUUAGAAAAUGUUAUACAUUGAAAAUUUAAUCUUUAUUAGGACUUUGAUUUUCUUCUUGUUUGUCAUCAUUAGGUUCCGAUAAUGGUUCAUUAUCAUAAGUUGUCCAUUUUCCAUUAUCCUUAUCAUCUGGAUCAUUGUUCAGCAACUCAAAUGUUAAUUUACAAUUUGAUUUAUAUAUAUAUAUUUUAUAACAAUUAUUAGUUUUAUUUAAAGCUGCUUCAACUUUACGUUGAUAUGCUGCUUCUUGAGCAACUCUUUGACAUGCUGUACUACAAAGGCCUCCUGUUCCAUUUUUUUUACUUUCUUUUAGAAAUAUAUUAUAACAUUCUUGACAUGAUUCAUCAGUUACUAAAUUCUGUAACUGACGAACAGCAUAAGCAACAACUUUAUCAAGAGUAAAUCCAAUAUAUGCAUGAAUACUAAACAUUUCUCUUAACGUGUCUUCAUAGGUAAUGGCAUCUAAAUUGCCAUCCAAAACAUUUUUAACCAUAUCAAGUAACGCUGGAUAGUAAUCUUCCACCAUAAUAUCUGAUUUAGGAAGCAGAUUUAGUUUUGCUGCUACAGACUCAGACCUAGUCACUUGAUAAAUACAUUCAUCAUGGAGUAACUGUGUAGCCCUUUUAUAUAUCUGAGUAAGUCGAUCACAAAGGAUAUGAUGAAGUCUAAGGAACAAAUACCAGUAGUUAUUGCCGAAAAACAGUGUAUAACAUUCUUCUAUAUUAGAAUAUUCUUUUAAUUUAUCACUAUCUAUCGUUUUUACUUCAGAUAAAUUACUUUCUUCAGAGAUCCGUAAAGAUAGUUUUGAUGAUUCGGGUGAAUUAUUAUUAGAAAAAUCAUGUAGACCAUCAUGUUCAUCAUCACUUAAUUCUUGUCUAGGAUGAUGAAACAUAUCAGGAAUGAAUGAUCUAAUAAGUGAUUUUACUUUUUGUUUAUCUUCUUUAUUAAUACCUGAUUGUCGCUUAACAUGGUGAAUCAACAAAUUAGCAGCAUCAUCUAUAAUUGAUUUAUCAGUAUAUGAAAACACCAUAUGCGGACCAUUGUUGUUGUCACUUUGUUCAUUACGCUCAUCAAAUAUAGUUUCAAUUUCAUUUAAUAAUGAUUUUGAUCUCAGAAAUUUCAUAUCACUUUGUUUAAAAUUAACACCUUGAUGAUCUAAUGAUUUAAGGUAAUACUUCUCAUUUUGAUUUUUCCAUAAUUCAUUGAAGGUAUUUCGUGCCUCUUUCCAUUCAUCAUCUUUGGAUCUCAGCCUUUUUAAAACUACUGGAAUAGCGUUUACCGGAUUUAUUUUGAGUCCUUCGAGUAUAUCUUUUGUCCUUUCUCCAUAUAAUCUUCUAAUAGCUCGUACAUUAGUUGACAUUAAACUAGGUUGAGUUCCUAAAUUAUCAUCCAAUCUAAAUCUAUCUAAUUCGGCAAAAGUCAUUCUAUUAGUCUUCCUAAGUAUUUCUUCUAAAGAAUAUAUUGCUGACAAAUUAAUUUCCAUUACGAGAUCAAGUUCAAAUCGUUCAUCUUCGCACCUAUGCAUGUAUUCUUCAUAUUGAGUUUUUCGACUGGUUGCAAAAGAUGAUUCUUCAGACCACGUGGGAAAAGAAACCCAUGUGUCAUUUAAUACUUCAAAACACAUUUUCGUUCUACCACUACAUUUGGGAGUUUUAUAAUCUGAGGGUACAGCACAAUAACUUGCACCUAACCUUUUACAUAUACUAUAAUCUAUAUCAGUAGGUAGAUCACCAGCUGAUCUAUCUUGUCGAUUAGAUCCGGGAUCAAGUAAUGAAAGAUGUGGUAGCCCAGAAAGUUUGUUUUCCGUUGGAGCCGUGGUAGCAUUAUUACUUUUUUCACUAGUUCCAAUAAAAUCUUUAAAUCGUCUAAAUAAUUCUGAAUAUUUUCCAAGAAAAGGUUGAACCAAAUUUAAAAGUUCUGAUUUAGAAAUAAUUUCAUUAUAGUAUAAAACUAAACAUCUUAAAAAAUCAUCAUAAGCAGAAGAAUUAUGAAUAGACUUCCUGACAAGAUCAAAAAAUGCAAAAUCUGUUAAUGUUCCAUACUUAUAUGCUUCUACAUAAGAUAUAUCUCCUAAACAUGGGAAUGGGGAUUUUGGUCUUUUUGGUGGUGGUAAAUUUUGACUGGAUGAAAACGAUGAAGUUCUCUUUAAAGAUAUAUUUUGAACACUUGUUUCUUUAAUACUUUCUUUAAUAAUUGGAGUAUUUACUACAUCUUUUUUAACGGGAGGCACAAUGAUAGGAGGUGGUAUACUAGUAACAACUGAAGUCUUCUUGGGAACAGUAAUGGUUUCUGUAGCCAGUUUAGCAUCAGGUGUUUUAGCAUCUGGUAAAAACUGUCCAAAUUCAACUAGUAAAUCAUCCUGGUUUUCAAACAAUUUGGCAACUUGCUGAUAAACUUCAGCUUCUGUUAGAGUUUUUUCUGUUAAUGGAACCAUAUUAUCUUUUUGAGAUUUUUGCUCUUUUUGAUAGGUAUGUAAUAUUUCUAAAAAGCGUUUAUAUUUUUCUGGCUGCCCUUGAAAACGAUUUUUAAUUUUAUUCACAUAAUUUAUGGCAUGAUUAAACUCAACUGGUUGAUUGUGUGAAUUUGUAGAUUCCUGUGUAGUAGGUAUCGAUACUUGAGGUAUAUUAGAAGCAGCAACUUGGCUUAAACUCGCUACAGAUAAAGGUAUUUGUGUUGGAUGAAAACUGGUAGAAGGUGCAGUUGGUGUCACACUAUUAUGAACUGUAUGAUGAUUUAUUACAACUGAAGUAGUAUUGACCUGGUUUAUAGGUAAAUGUCCAGCUGGUUUAAUUACUACUGGAGGUGUGGUAGUCAAAGUGACUGGUGGAGUAGUAACUAUUGGAGUGCUGGACAUUAUAUGUUGAGUUGUCGAAUGAAUUAUAGUUUGGGAAGACGUAAUUGCAGGACUUUGUGGUAUUGAUACAGAAACAUGAAAUCCAAGUUCAUUAUUUUUAAUUUCUAUUUUAUAACCAGGGGGUAGGAACGUAUUAAAACCUACUAUAAGUUCUGGAUGACCUUUAAAUAGGUUUGAGACUCGUGUAAUCACUCCAGGAGUAUCUAUACUUUGUGAUUUGAAUUCUUUCAUUAUGUCUAAGAAGUCAUUAUACACUUGAGGGUGGUUACUAAAUUUAAAUUUCACCUGAUCCAAAUAGGAUAAAGCAUCUUCGACCUUGAGCCUCUGAAAUUGGGUUUGUUGUUGCUGAUGUUGAAUUAUUGUUGAAGAUGGUAUAACUUUCUGUCUAAUCUGUUGAAUAGAAUGCUGUGUUUGUAUUGUAUGAAGAGCUGGCAUUACAGAACCACCAGGUAGUGAGCCUGGUAUUUUAUCGUUUAAAGCUAGGACUGGCAUUGUUGGUGUACUGAACGGCUGUACGGUAUUGAAUUGUAUAUUCGAAUUAUUUAUACCUUGUGUAACAAAAUUUGUUUGAACAUUAGAUAUCGUUACCAAGUUAGGCCUAGACCUAGGUGGUGAACGAUUGGUAUUGGUGGAGUAUGCUCCAACCGUGUCCGCGGACGCCAUGAGUUCAUCCGAAUGCCGUUUCAUUUCUCGUCACAUUAGUCCGUUUAAUUAACAUCACGUACAAACUAAAUCCGUGCAUGUAUGUUAACAUGAAAUUAUUAGGCUUAUAAGCUUUUAUGGCGAUAAUUACUUACAAACGCAAAAUGUUCGACGGGCAAAGGCUGUAUAAUCUGAAAACCGCGAUACAACGGAUGUGGCGAACGAUAACAAACAAAAAAAGCAUACGAACAAAACAGACUUUUCAUAAAAUAAGAUAGACAGAAUUGCAACGCAAAGUGUAAACAAACGUUAGGCUACCGAUCAGUGUUAGUGCGGGAGACGGUCCGCUUGUUGAGGUGAACCCGAUGGGUGGGAAGCGGCGGGUAGGGGACAUAUGAGAGAAAUCUAGUGGUAGCCACGUUGCCGGAACUAACCGCCAUUUCAAUGGAAUUCCGUAUAAAACCAACCGACAAAAAUCUAUACGCAAACUUUACAUUACCAACGAAUACUCUUUUCCCAAAUGUCCCCCCAAAAUGUCUCUUCGAAUUAUUUGAAAAUUUUUUUUUUAAAAAAUUUAACAAUUUAUUUUCUUAUCAAUAAAGUGCGACAACACCGCCUCAGGUGAUUUACCAACAACUGUUGCAAAAUGGCUGACGAUAAAAAAAUUGUCGCGGUAAAAUACGAAUGUUAUGACGUCCACGGUUUUUCUAUAUCCAGAUGUUACACGUAUAAUUUAUUAUUCAAAUUAUUGUUAAAGCAGUAAAGUACUGGCACUUCGUAAUACGUAAGUAAGAAUUUACUGGAUCACUCGGACUCUGGCUCUGACACUGCAUUAUUGUGGCUUGUGCGUUCAACUGUUAACAAUUAUUAUUUUAACUUUUGUUAUUAUUAUUAUUAUUGCUUAAUAUGUAAUAAAUAAAUACAAAAUAAUAAUCUAUUACGUUUGUUCUGUUACAAAAUUAAAAAUAUAUAAAUUAUUUCACAAUGCACUUAGGAUUUAAACUUUAAAGUGAUUAAAUUGGAAAACUGUUGUCAUGUUUUUAAUGACUUGUAAUAUUACUUAUAAUCAGUUAUUUGAAUAUUAUUUUACAAAGUUAUCUUCCUAAAUUAAGCUACCUAUAUUUAUUAUUAUCAGAUUAAAAUUGCAUUUAAAUAAUUCAUUCAUAUUUAACUACUGCAUUAUCGAUAUUUGUGAGUACCAUAUUUGUUAGUGUAGAUACCGUAAUAACCAGUCAAGGCCAUAGCUGGAUCAAAUUUUUGGAAAAGGUUUUAAAUUAAAUUGUUUAUUAUUUUUGUCACUAAAAUAAUUAGCAUUUUUUUUAACAAUAAUUAACAAUACUUUAGAUAAAUUUUUUUUUUUUUUGGGUGGGGGAGGUGAAUCCCUAAACUUCCCUUAGAUACAGCCUUGAUCAUAGUUAUGUAACCAAUUUUUGAAAAUACUAUGAAGUCUACACUUGAAAAAUGAUUAUAAUAAAUUGCAUAAAUAACUAAUUAAAUUAAUUUUAAAAUGUUAUGUGCUAUUAUAAAUAGUUAACGGUUUAAAAAUUAAUGUUGCAUAGUAUAAAUUAUACACUGGUUCAUAGGUACUUAUACAAAUUAUGUAAGUAAACAUUUAAUUAUUAAUACUUAAAACGUUAAAAUCAGUAUUAGUUUUUAUAAACAUUAAGUAUAUUUUCAAUAUUGAUUAUUAUUACCUACUUGGUCAUUGAAUUAUCUUUUUACUGCUGAGUAUCUAAGAUAUUGUUUGUGUUUAAUAUUUUUUUAGUGUCUUAAAAUUAGAUACGUGGACAUAUAUGAACAAAUAUUUAUUUCACUAUAUAUAUUUAGCAAUAUAUGAUAUGAAGUGUUAAGGUCAAGGUUAUGAAUUUAUUCCUUAUUGUAUAAAGUUUAUAGUUAUAAUUUUUUCAUUCAUUUUCAUGCGAUUUCGUGUAUUAUUACUACUAUGGUUUCCAUGGUAUCUUGAGACCAUAACAACUUUUUUUUUUAUUGAAUUAAAAUUUAUGUUAGUUGUUUGAUAAAGUAGGUACUAGGUAUUGUAUACUUGAUUAUAUUUUAAAUUAUGGCUUUACAAACAUAUUCAAUAUUAUAUAUAAAUUUAAUGUGCGAGAUGAUUUAUAUUGUGGCAGAAAGAUUAAAAACUCAAAAGAUCCCAUUUGACAAAUCUAAAUUAGGUACCUAUCUACUUAAUAUUAUAUUUGUUAUUAUUUGCAUAAAUUUAUAAAAAUCUUUUUAAUUUGUUAUAAUUACUAAUUUCCAUUUAAACUAAAUUUAUAAUUUUUUUGACACACAAUUCACAUUUUUAUGUGAAUUAUAAUUAACAUAAAUUAUAAUAAAGUAUAGAUAAUAUGGUUAAUACUUACAAAAUUAUUAUUUAAUUUAAUAAUCUUUUUGAUUUAUGUUGCAGUUCUAAAUGAUAUAAUUUCUGCAUCAUUUAAUUGUUCAUUUAUAUUUUCUCCGACAUCUAUUAUCAACAGAGACAUUUUAAAUAAAAAUAUAUGUCGAGCAGUACAUUCUUCAAUUAUGCGACUAAACGAAUCUAGCAUGGAUAAAUUAAUAGGUUUGAUAGAAACUUCUGUUAAAAUGCAAAUGUUCUCAACUAAUGGUCCAAGGCAAGUAUUGUUAUUAACAUUGAACCAUUUAGAUUCUAUCCGUGAAUUAGCAUGUACAAAUCAACUGAAACAAAGCAUAGAUCUUGUUCAACACAAUUUUUAUCAAGUAAUUUAUUAAAUAACUAAUAACUAUUUUGUAAUAAGUAAUAUCUGAGUAAUUUAGACUUUUGAAAAAAUGACAAAUGGUGAAAUAAUUAGAUUACGAUAUGCAAUGUUAAAUUAUUUGCAAGAUAUACGUGUUAAAGUAACAAUAUUUAUUAAAGAAGGUUUACAGCGAUACAACGGGUCAUUUGUUUCAAUUGAAAAAUGGGCAAUUCCAUAUGGUAAGUUCUAUUACUCAUUUAUGUAUGAGAUCAUAUACAUAUUAUUUAGAAUGAAUAAUUGUUUAGUAUUAAAAUAAAUAAGUAUGCAUUAUUUAUUAUUGCAGUUGUACAUAGAAAAUCGCCCAUUAAAAAUAGGUAUUAAGUGUGCUUUACCAUUUAAUAACUAAUAAUGUUUCGAAGCAUUUAAUGUAAAUAUUAAAAAAUUUGGGACGAUUAACUCAAAUAGUAGCAUCAAUUUUAUACUUAAAAUUUGGUGUGCAUUACUUACUCAAAAAUAAGGUUUAAGGAGUAUUGAUAUUUAAAAAUAUUAAAUGUAUUGUUACAAAAAUAAAAAUAUUUUAGCUUAAAGAAAAAGUAACAUUUAAGUGUAAACUACAAUCAAUAAAAUUAAAUAUAUUUUUGAUUACAUUUCUGAAUCGUUCAAUAAAACAUAGAUUAAAAUAAAAAUAACUACAAAUAAAUAUAAAUUUAUUUUUACAACUGCAAAGAAAAAAAGAAUUGUUUAGUUUUCAUAAAAUAAUUACAUAGAUAAUAUACAAUAAAAUAAAUAAAUAUAAAUACUAUUAUAACAAUGAUUAUGCUUGAUAAGAAAUUAAGAUAUCUGAUCACCUCAAUCAUUAAAACCAAAUCUACAAACCUAUAGUAAUGUAAUAGUUUCUCAAAAGAACAAUUGUAUAAAACAAAAUUAGUUAAGGUUUAAAUUAUAAAAACGAAUAAAAUUGUUAUCUCAAACAUUAAUAUAAAAUAUAUAUUAUUUCAUAACAAACAAAAGUGUUUUGAUAUUAGCAAGUAAUGUAUUAACCAAAAAAUAAUGUUUGUUGAAUUCUAGUUAGAAAUAUAUUGUUCUCAAUAUUUCAUGCUUUACAAAGGGUAGUCAGAAAAAUUAAUUUGAAUUUAUAAAGUUUGACAAAAAAAAAAAAAAACAUUAUUAUAUUUGUAAUAGUUUAUUGGUAAUAAAAUUAUAUCAAAUAAUACUACUAAGUAUAAUAAUGAUUAUUAUUCAAUUCUUUAGAGUAUUAUAUUUACAAUUUAUUACAGGAUGCGAAGCUCCAGGUGUUAUAAGAGUAUUUGAUAAACAUGGUAUUCUGAUUGACAUCAGUUCAUUUCAUCCAAUAUCAUUUUACAAAGUAGAAACUGAAGUAGGUUCAAUAAAACCUAAUAGUCCUCGAAUCACUACACUUGGCCGUUCAGUGUAAACAACUAGAAAAAAUAAAAAAACAUACAUUUUACCUAUAAUUUUUUAAAUUAUAGAUUUAAUGUUAAUGGACCAACUGAAACAUUUGAUCCGCUAUUUUAUGGUCAAACUGGUCGUGAUGGAUACAAACAAGAAAUGGAUCUUUUUUUAACUCAGUUAAUGGGGAGAGGUAGUCAAAAUGAAGAAACUGAUAAUUUAGAUCUUGAAAUAUUUGAAACCUCGUUAAAUAAUGCAAUUGACAAGUAAUAAUAAAUACAAUAAAUAUUUAUUCUGAUAAAUAAUUAGUGAUGCAACAAAAAUAUUAGACAUUAAUCAAAUUAUAUACAUAGUUUUUUUUAUAAUUGUAUUUAAUUUAAUCAGUACACAAAAAAAAAGGUGAAUCACUGAUGACAUUUAAUUAUUUAUUUUUACAAUUUUGUCAUGACAUAUUUCAAUUAGUUGUAAGUAAAUAAAAAAUAAAUUUUAUUAAUAAAAUAUAUCAAUUUAUAAUUUGAAAUUUUUAAAAAGCAAUAUUAGAUGGAAACAAUUAAAAUAGAUUGUAAUAGAUUUUUGAUUUAAUAUGACAAACCAGGCAGUGGCGUAGCUGGAGCUUAAUUAAUAGUGUAGGGGGCUGUUAAAAUAUUAUAAUACUUACCAGGUACGUAUACGUAUGUUUGUAAUUUAUUACCUAUAAGCUUAUAGCCGUUACCUGAAGUAUUGAUUCAAGAUAGUUCCAGGUGGCGGGUGUAUUGCCAAUACCGUAAAAAAGAAAGCUAUAACCAUGGUUAAAUACUACUAAAAAAUUCCCAGGGGGGGGGGUAAUCCAUGCAAUACACUAAAUCAUUAUACUCUAUUCAGCCGGAGGUGGUUGAAAAUAUGUCAUAGUUCACACAUGUAGUUGUGGGGAUUCAACCAGUCAGGCAGCGUGCGAAUGUUUAAUCAUGCAUAUAUGAACUUAUACAUGCCUGUAUGCUCGUGUUCUGAAUAGAGUAUAGAUAAUAUUAUCUUUAUUAUAAUUAUAUACUACCUAUUUGUAAACUAAAUAAUAAACCAAUAUGAACAAGGAAAUUGAUAUUCAAUUUUUUUUUUUUUCUUAGAAAAUAAACUACACAAAAACACAACUAGACUUUAAUUAAGUGUACAUUUAUUUUAGUUACGAAAAUAGUACAAUUAAAAACUUAAUAAAUGAUUUGUUUUAGGAAAGUACAAGAAGAAAAGCUACGAGAAGACAAUAUUUUAAAUUUUAGUAGAAAUGCAAGUAAUUUGUCUUUACAAAAUUUACAAACAGAUAUAGAUGGUUCAGUUUCAAGAGAAACUGAAGAUAUAUUAAAUAUGAUGCAAUUAUUAGAUAUCGAAUAAAAUUAAUUACCACAUUUUCAAUCAUAAAAAUUAUUGCGCUCCAGAUCUCUGAACUCUAAAAUGUAUGUUUUAAGACGUAGUUUUAGUAUUUCACGACAAAUUUCUUGACUGUGGUCACGAUUUGUAAUGCCCAUACGAUACAAUUGAUUUUCAUUAAUUCUUAUUAAAGCUCGUCCAAUUAUCUCAUGCUAAAAAUAAAUUAUAAUUUAAUAAUUUAUCAUAAAU